AUGUCCCGAAGAGCUUUCUUCGGAAAGCUGUGUGGAUCUCUAGGAGUUGGAGGAAGCUUAAGUCUUCCGAGUGUGAUUGCCGAACAUGAAUUGAACGAGCGACGGAUCGAGCCAUUGAGAAGUAGGAGAGAACAACUGUUGUCACUGAGAACAGACAAGUUUGAUGUUCUUGUUAUUGGCGGUGGCGCAACUGGCUGUGGAGUUGCAUUGGAUGCCGUUUCUCGAGGACUCAAGACUGCGCUGGUGGAGAUGGAUGAUUUCUCCGCUGGUACAUCCAGUCGUAGCACGAAACUCAUUCAUGGAGGUGUGCGUUACUUGGAGAAGGCAGUCUUCGGCUUGGAUAUCGAGCAAUACAAGAUUGUGAAGGAAGCUUUAUUUGAACGGGCGAAUUUAUUAGCGAUUGCUCCUCAUCUCGCUUAUCCUUUGCCGAUUAUGUUGCCUGUCUAUCGCUUUUGGCAAGUCCCAUACUUCUGGGCCGGGAUAAAAGCGUAUGACUUCGUCGCCGGAUCCCAGCUCUUGAAGCCAUCUUACUUCAUCGGAAAGAAAAAGGCGUUGGAACGUUUUCCGAUGCUUAAAACAAAUUCUCUCGUGGGGGCCCUGAUUUAUUACGAUGGCGCGCACAAUGACGCGAGAAUGAACAUCGCAAUCGCAAUAACAGCUGCGCGUUUAGGAGUUAGCAUAGCCAACCACGCGUCGGCCAGUAAAUUAAUCAAGGAUAAAGAGGGUAAAGUCUGUGGCGCAGUCAUCAAAGACGAAUUGAGUGGUGAAGAAUUUUGCGUCAUGGCCAAGUGUGUUGUGAACGCAACCGGCCCAUUUUCCGACGACGUGCGCAAGAUGGACGAUCCAGACGUGGCCACCAUUGUGAAGCCGAGCAUGGGCGUCCACAUCACAUUGCCGGACUAUUACAGCCCUGCAGAAAUGGGUUUACUAGAUCCAUCCACGAAAGAUGGUCGAGUGAUCUUCUUUCUUCCUUGGGAAAAGCACACGAUCGCUGGCACGACGGAUACGCCUUGUCCUAUAACACACCAUCCUUCACCGACCGAGGACGAUAUUCAGUUUAUUCUUGCUGAAAUCAGACACUAUUUAAGUCCUGAUGUGGAUGUGAGGAGAGGCGAUGUGCUGUCCGCCUGGAGUGGUAUUCGGCCUUUGGUUAGCGAUCCGUCGAAAACUAACACGCAGUCUAUUGCCAGAAAUCACAUCGUUCACGUCAGCGAUUCCGGCCUUGUUACGGUUGCUGGUGGCAAAUGGACGACGUAUCGGGCAAUGGCGGAAGAUACUAUUACGAAGGCUGUCGAAGAAUGCAACUUGAAACCAAUCAGUGCUUCGAGGACGGCUGGUCUUCUGCUUGAAGGAGCCCACUUCUGGACUCCUACGCUUUUUAUCCGCCUUGUCCAGGAUUUCGGCCUCGAAACGGAGGUUGCGCAACAUCUCUCCAACACUUAUGGUGACAGAGCGCUUUCAGUCGCUAAAAUGGCGUCAUUGACUGGAAAAAGAUGGCCUGUUGUCGGUCGUCGUAUUCACGAAGAUUUCCCGUACAUUGACGCGGAGGUUCGUUACGCGGUUCGUGAAUAUGCGUGCACUGCAGUCGACGUAAUUGGACGCCGCUUGCGACUAGCUUUUCUGAAUGUUCAAGCCGCAGAGGAGUGUCUACCUCGUGUGAUUGAUAUAAUGGCCGAGGAACUUAACUGGAACGCUGCCGAAAAAAAGAAACAAUUUGAACAAGCGAAGGAGUUCUUGGAUUCAGAGAUGGGAGGAAACAUGAACAAGGAAAGUCGUGAGAAAGUGUCGAUUAAUUUGACGAAGGAAGAUAUGAGCAAGUACAUCAAACGAUUUCAGCAGUUGGACAAGGAGAACAAAGGUUUUAUUUCAGUGAACGAUCUGCGAUUAAGCCUCAAGGUAAAAGGAAAGCGAUACUCCGCUGAGCUCUUGCAAGCUCUUAUCCGCGAAGCAGAUUUGAAUCAGAACGGUUUGAUUGAAUUGGACGAGUACCUUCAGGUUCGUUACGCGGUUCGUGAAUAUGCGUGCACUGCAGUUGACGUAAUUGGACGCCGCUUGCGACUAGCUUUUCUGAAUGUUCAAGCCGCAGAGGAGUGCCUACCUCGUGUGAUUGAUAUAAUGGCCGAGGAACUUAACUGGAACGCUGCCGAAAAAAAGCAGUUGGACAAGGAGAACAAAGGUUUUAUUUCAGUGAACGAUCUGCGAUUAAGCCUCAAGCGUGAAGAAGGAAAGCGAUACUCCGCUGAGCUCUUGCAAGCUCUUAUCCGCGAAGCAGAUUUGAAUCAGAACGGUUUGAUUGAAUUGGACGAGUACCUUCAGAUGAUGGCCGCAAUCAAGUCUGGAGGCGCCGGCUCAAGUCGGCUGGAAUGCGUCGCCCGACAAGCCCCUACUGACGAUGACGGUGACAGGGGCUUGACCUCUGUAGCGCGAUCUGGUGGAGAUCACAGUUCUCGUAAUCGAUAUUCUGAUCACCCGCGACCGACAUCCUUGUCCUCACCGGACUGUUCUUCCCGGUUUGACGAUUGUCGCGUCGUCAAGUCCACGUCCUACGUUCGAUACUUGAAAACCGAUCAAAGGAUCUACUACUGUCUCGACGAUGCCUUCUCGUCACCGAUUCUGCGUCGACGCCGACGUUCAUCUUCAUCUCUGGAUUCUUCGAUCUUGCGCGGGUCGAACAACCCUUUUGACGAACAUUUCCUUCCGUUGAUUGGCAGGCCGUUCGUCAGUCCAGCGAUUUUUGACAAUGUUGUCAGUCCGGAAGAGGAAAUUUUGACGACGUGGACAGUAGAGCAGCAAGCGGAAGUUUGUCCAGUAAAUAUUGAUGUCUCUACGGCUGUUGCGGAUGAAACUGAUCUCGAGGAUCCAUCUGAACUCAUGUACCAAGAAAAAAUUGAUGCUUACUUUGAAAAGUUCCACUGCAUUGUGACUCCGAGUCCGGAAACGAAGGCGGAUCAUGAAUUAAUAUCACCAUGUUCAAUCCUAUUCCAACGUCUGAAUCUCACCGCGAGGAGCACACAAACGCAAAUUUCGAUUCCCCCUCAGGAUCUUACUCCAAAUCGUGCGCAUUUGCUUUCCGGUGCCUACUCUCUGGGAGUACAUGUCGAGAGUUUAGAAUCGUCCGGAGAACUCUCGGGUCAUGAUACGACGUUGGAUGAUUCGAGCAUGUCGCAGGCUUCUGGAAAUCCUCGACGAAGAUUAUUCGUUUCAAGUAUUCCGCUUGAUGUUGAUUCUGGCCACAUGGAUGAACCUGAGAAAGAGGAAGAGUGCGGAGCUGAAGUUGAGAACAAGGAAGAAAAUCUGGAAGAAAAAUGUGUCACUACGAAAAACUGUAACAAUGAUGAAAGCUUCGUGAGCUUCCAUCCGUCCAGGAAAGCAAAUUUCAAUUCGACGAUGUUAGAAAAUGGACCCGCUCUGGAAGUGGAUUCAGGAAAUGGUUCGCAAGGCAUUUCCUGUAAAUCACGAAGUUUGGAUUUUAAAGAACCUUCCGACAAUGCGGAUGAGGUUUUACAAGCAUCUUCCAAUGCUCAGGAUGAGCGCAACGAAUAUUUCUCUUCUGUCAACUUGGAGGAGACUCGAGCGGAGUAUUUCUCGGACAGUGGUUCUGAAUGGAACGAUACCGGAUCUGCGAAGAAUUCCACGCCUGUGAUUUCCAGGGAAAAAGCCGUUCUGAGAUAUGCGUCUUACAUGGAACGCCAUGUUGGAACGCAAACGGAUUUCAGUUUGGCUGUUGCUGAUGUGCCAAUGGAAAUUGAAGAAGCUUUGAAGGAAUUCCGCUUGGAGGACACGACCGAUACGAAGCCGAAAUUUUGUGGUACGCCCAUUCAAGCGUGGAUCAAGAAGGGAUUCGUGGUUCGUUCUUCAAGUCCGAAAAGCUUUGAAAAGCGCCGGUGUUACAAUUCCCACAGUUCCUCUGAAGUGUUGAUGUGCCCAGCUUUCGUAGACCAGACGGGUCAGGCUUCAAAAAAAAUAAAUGACGACGACGACGACGAAAAUGCUUUCUUGAAGCCGUCGCAGUGGCAGAUGGUUUCGCCUGGCUACGAGUUUUCUCUUGAAGCCGGAUGUGAACGAGGUCGAGUUCAGUUCGAUGAUGAUUCUUUCGAGCGAGAAUUCUGCACUCCGCGGAAGCAUCGAGCCAGUAUUAAACCGGCUUUCGAAGUUGAUGAACCAAAUCUUUCUCCGAUUCGUGUCGAAGAUGAUGAUGAUCACGCUAGCCCAAUCAAUCAUGCGAUUGAAAAAAUGGACGGUGAUUCGAAUAUUCAAGACGUUAACGUCAAAUGGCAGCUUGACUGCGAGAAGUCCAAGCGAGAUUCAGAAUGGAACAAGGAAAACGCUAAUGCGCGCCUGUUCUUAAGUCACGCCGAAACUGAGGCCUCCUUUGGAAUAGACGACACGGGUUACCAAUCGAACCAACUUUCGUCCAUUACCGGACAGUCUCACUCGUCUUCGUCUCACGUGAUGCAAUAUCCUGCCAACAAUGUGGAGCGCUCAUUCGGGAAGGAAUUGUUUGUCACAACGAAAUCUGGCGCGAGGAAACGUUCGCAGCCGCGUGGCUUAUCGUUGGAUGAUUCCCAUUUGGUGGAACCGAAGACUCCGCAAGGGAUCGUUCGAAGAGUUUCGGCUCUCGGUUGCGAAAGAUCCGACUCAUUUCCUGAUUACAUGGGUGUUUCCAAAAGACACUUGGUUAGGAGUUCGAGCCGGCAUCAAUUGAAAGAGCCAUGCGCAUGGCGCAGUCAGCCGUCUGUGCUCUCUGAUGAAGCGUCAUUCGUGGAGCCUAAUUCCGGAGGAAGCUCCAUUGGAAGGAUUUCGAAUGCGAGUUCCAUUGCGGAUGUGUCGAGAGUUGAAGACGUUUCGUUGCAUCUCAACAUUUCGGGCAUGAUGCGAUGACUUCGAGAGCUGUGUAGAUACAUGUAUUUUGUUCAGUUAUUCCUUGGACGGGCUGUUUUUGGUGAGAUGUGAAAAUAGUUGUGAUGCCAUGUAAAAGAUGCUCAGUGAGUACUGAAUAUGUGACAAUUGAACCCCGCUCUUCGUGACUCGCUUUGGCUCUCGCCAGAGAUAUGAUCAGUCAAACGAAAUGCUUUGUGAUGUACAUUUUUUCUUCAGCGUGACGGUUGAAUCUUUUACAAAUUUUCCUACGCAGUAUAUGUUUUUUUUUAGUCGAAAGAAACGGAUGUUGUUCUCGAAGAAA